AUGGAGGCAGGAGAAGGGGACGACGACCCCGACUCCGUGGACCUGGAAAAUAUACAAGUAUCGAUGGAGUUUUUGUGGACCAUCGAAUUCGAGUUCGACGAUUCGAGGGUUUUGGACGACUGGAGGAGCGGCGUCCUGAUCGAUCUCUCAGACGUUAUCUUCCCUUUCGGCUAUGGGAGGGACAGGCGUAGGUACUAUCCGGGGGACGCCAAGUGUCUCCGAGAGCAAGGCGGGGUGUACGGAAACCCCCAGAGACCUUGACGCUGCUGAAUACACAUGUAGGGGUGCGCACGAGGGGAAGUGGGCCCCGGGGCUUCCAUCGUCAUCCUGGAAACCGUGUGGGCGGCGCCAAUAGGUCUGCUCCAAAUCGUAGUAAAGCUGUCGAGGUGAG